UGACAGCUGAUGCAAUGAUAAGAGAAUGAAGUCUAUAAAAAUCUAGCUGAGGCUUGGGAAGUUCUAUUUGAGGCUCUUCUACCUCCUCUGCCCGAGGCUGGUCCCGCGGUCCAAGUGACAGCGCGCACUGUGAAGAUGCACUGUUGGAAAAUGCUGGUGAUCCCCUUUCUCUGCUCACUGCUGCUCAGCCAGACACACUGUGCUUCUUUGAACCAUCCAGAGCCUCAGCUGAUGCGACAGAGGAGGAUGACACCCUUCUGGAGAGGCGUCUCGCUGAGACCUGUUGGAGCCUCGUGCAGGGAUAACAGUGAAUGCAUUACAAUGCUCUGCAGGAAGAACCGCUGCUUCCUGACAACAGCCUCAGAGUGACCCGUCUCACUGAAGCCCGCCCGUUGCUGUUACUGCUAACAGUGCUCCACUCACCUGCGAAGUAUUUAUUGACCGCUCAAAAGCGAGAACAGUGGAUCCAGCAAUAUGUGUAUUUAAUGUUUCUGCCCCAUGAACUGAUAAAAGGAUUUCAGAGCUUGAGAGCAUUUCCUACGGAGGGCUCUACCUCUGCAGCACACUUCAGGAUGGCUCUGGCCAAGCUUAAUAAAAGGACUGUGCAUGCCCUGUU